UUGCCUUCGCUUUCAAUUUCUCCCGGUCCCGUCCCUGCAGAUACAAUGGAGUGGCGACAAACUGCCGAAUUCAAUGUGGAACGUUUCUGCCACUGUAGGAAGAAGGUGGUGACGAGAACAUCAUGGAGCGACAUCAAUCCUGGAAGAAGAUAUAUUUCAUGUGAAAAAUUUAAGGUGUGUUCUUCAAAUUUUAAAACCCUAAUUUUUUUAAUUUGGGUGAAAUCGAUAUGGGUGUUGGACAUGUUUGUUCAUGGUACUUCUGCUUUCUUGGAUUUUUAUUCAGUGUGUUGCAAUGUAGUAGUGAUGGGAUCCUUUGCAGUUGUGAACAAUAUUUAUUGUAAUGUAAAUUUGGGAUUUGAUUUCAAUUGA